CUCGCACGAUCAAAUUUAUUUCAUUCACAAUUUUUACCAAACUGAAUCGGGAUCAAGCUUCUCGACUUCGAGAGAAAAACCCCUAAACCCCAUCAAAUGUUCAGAACCAUUUCUCUGUUACGAAGAGCUCUACCUCAAACCCUUACUGCCUCCUCAUCAUUUUCAUCUCCGAAUCAACAUUUUGUCUCUCAAAUUCACAGAAUUUCAUCAGAUUAUUCACAAUCAAAACCUCCAUCACUCUCAUUUCAUUCAUCUCCAUUAUCUUCUCGACAGAGAAAUGUAAACCCAGAUAAAGAUUGUGGGUAUUCAGACAGCAAAGAAUCUAAAGGUCCGCCCAAACUGUUUGUGGUUCAACCUCGUGUUCGUCCUGAUGCUGUUUUAAAUUCCAAACUUUCUGAAGCUUUGAAUCUUGCUCAGUCGUUAGAGGAACAACAAAGAGAUGGAGAUUUGGGAACUGAAUCCGGUAAUAAAGAAGUUCCUCCUCAUGUUAUUGUCCAAAAUCCAGCUUCUAGAGCUACUAAAAAACACGCAGAUAAGUAUUUUGGACAAGGAACUGUGGAUACAGUGAAGUGCCAUCUUAAUGCAUUGAAGGAUGAUUUGGAUGCGGUGUUUGUAAAUGCAGUUCUUACGGCCGGUCAACAGAGAAAUUUAGAGAGGGCUUGGGGGAUGCCUGUUUUGGAUCGUGUGGGACUUAUUAUAGAGAUAUUUAAUGCUCAUGCCAAUACAAAAGAAGCUAAGCUACAGGCUGAGUUAGCUGCACUAAUGUACAAGAAAACUAGGCUUGUCCGUAUACGUGCUGCUGAUGGACGAUUUACUUUUGGAGCAGGUGGAGAAGCCGAAGUUGUUAGUGCUCGUGGGAGAGGAAGUGGGGGUCAAGGAUUUAUUAGCGGUGCUGGAGAAACUGAGCUCCAGCUUCAACGGCGCAGAAUUCUAGAAAGAAGAAAUCGUUUAUUAACAGAAAUUGAAGAGGUCCGUCGAACUCGGGCUCUGCAACGAGCUUCACGCAAGAGACGUGGAGGUACAGAAGGUCAAGGUCUAGCAACUGUUGCUAUUGUUGGAUACACAAAUGCUGGAAAGUCUACUUUAGUUAGCGCACUUUCUGAGACUGACCUGCUAUUUGCAACAGUGGAUCCUCAAAUAAAGAAUGUAGUUCUUCCAUCAGGGAAGAAAGUGCUACUGAGUGAUACUGUUGGGUUCAUCUCAGAUUUACCUGUGCAGUUAGUGGAGGCUUUUCAUGCAACCCUAGAAGAAGUGACUGAAGCUGAACUCCUAGUGCAUGUAAUAGAUUCUAGUGCCCUUAAUGUGGAAGAUCAGCGGUCAAGUGUAUUGCAAGUGCUACAACAGAUUGGGGUCUCUGAUGCUAAACUUCAAAAUAUGAUUGAAGUUUGGAAUAAAGUGGAUCUCCGAAAAGAGGAAGACAAUAAGGAUAAAUUUGUAGAGGAUGGUGAAAUUGAUGAAGAAGAAUUUGAGGAGGGUGAGCAAGAAUUCAAGGAGUAUGUUGAACUAUCGUCCGAAGAGGCUCUUAAAGAGGAUGACCAAGAAGAUAACCGUGAAGCUGAGCUAUUGGAAGAAAAGAAUACAGUGUCUGUGAACCAAGGAGAUGACGAUUUCUUAGAGGAAUGGGAGACUGGGGGUGAAGAUGAACCAGAAAGUAAUUAUGAAGGUUUGAACAGCAGUAGCAUGGGUGACGAACAAAGUGAGUAUUUGCCUAGCCCAACAAAAAGAGACUCACAUUUGGAGCUUCUGAAUAUUCAGCGGUUAGAAACAUCUGCUGUGAUGGGAGUUGGAUUGCAAGAGUUAUUAAUCGCCAUCGACAAUAGAUUUGAUACCCAAGGAGUGGUUGAAAGCAGGAAUGACGAUUGCUUCAACCGUAAAUGGAGACCUCCUCAGGCAGCUCAUAGCGAUGCAUGCUAGUGAGAUGAAAUGCAAUGAAGAAAACAACAGAGGUGAAUGAAGAAGAACAUGAACUUGAAAUACACAAGGCUGUGGCACAAGCUUGGCAUGGCCGUUCAGGAAAUUCUAAACCCAUCAUAGAAUUCGA